GGCUGUCUGUCAAACGUGGACGUGGUGACGACGAAGGGCCUGCGCCGGGGUUUCAACGAUGUGGUAAGGCAACGUCCCUGUCACUCUGGGCUUAGCUUCGAUAUAAUUGGAUAAAAGAGGAACCAGUCGGCGCAGUCGACUUGCGAUUGGAGCAGAGCCUCUGCGGGGGAGGAGCACUUUAGCUAGCAGCCAGCAGAGCGCCCUGUUGGGUGGGCGGAUCGUAGCGGUGACAGCGACGCUCGGAGACUCCCGACAAACUGUCAAAAAGCAAACAACUAACACGUCAUGGCGGAGUUAGACCUGAGUCUAAGUGAUGCGCUGACAGACGCUCCCCAGAAGACGCCAGAGAGCCUGGUGGAGCGGGACUUCGUGGCUCAGCUGGAGGCGGAGCCCUUCGACGAUCAGGUCGGGGAGACAGUGGGAAAGACGGACUACAUCCCCCUGCUGGACAACGAUGACACCAGGGCAGACACAAGUACUGCAUUGGAGAAUGGAGAGCAGGAAGCUCAUGGGGUGCAAAAGCCUGGUUGUAAGCUGACCUCAGGGGGGCAGACGUCAGCGUCACGCCUGGAGCCUCAGGGAGAGGUGCGGCCACUCUCACUUGACCCGAAGCAGGCCCUGGCCACAGACUUCCUAUCAGCCACCAUGGCAGGUUAUUUAGAUCCUCUGGACUCUCAGACCAGCACUGCUCAAAUGAUGGAUACUGGCCUGAUGGGAGCUUUCUCAGGCUUCUCCCAACCUGGAGGGAAGGGGGUCAAAGUUGAGUUGGGAGUCGCCCCCCUCCAUGCAGAGAGACCUCCGAGUAUAGCGGAGCCCCAGCAUCCUGCACCGGCGGCAGGGUUGGACGCACCGAAGGAACACAGCCCCAUGCUGCCCGAGCCCCAGGUCCCUCGCAGCCCUGUAGAUCCGUCAGCAGGUGCCUUAGGUGAAUGCUGGCUAGAUCAGGCUGGCUGCCUACCAACAGACCUCCCUUUCACUCCCAGCGUCUCCAAGGUGAUCAUUCUCCAUGCAGGCAAUCUUGCAGCCAGCCCUGACGACCCUCCAGACAGUUGGCCUGUCCGAGAGAGCACCGCCUAUGCGGGAGGUGAUGAAAGGGAGGGCGACGGAUCAGACCGAAAACAGAAAAAGAAGAAGAAGAGGCGACAAAAAGAUGAGGGAUCUUAUGAAAACCCGGAGAGCAGGGGUCACCCCGAGAUGCAAGCACAGGAAGAAAACACCCCCCCAGCAGAGGAGUUCUACAACAGGAUUGGCCCGAGGCGGGAUAGAGGAGAUGGUGGCUGGGAGGAGCAGAUCGGGAAGAGUGGCGGUCGGGGGAAAAAGGGGAAGACUAGGAAGAAGCUUCCAGAAGAGUGGGGAGUGAUGGCAGAACCUUUUGUUCCUUCGUCUACAGCAACUUCUCAGGUCACAGAGGAGGUGAUGGUGGAUUUAGUGAGUUCGACUCAGGCAAACCCAGAGGCCUCAUUUACAGAAAUGGACACCAGCCACAGUCCCUGGAAAACUGAGGUCUUUCCAGAAGAAGGUCUGGUUCCUGCCCCUCUGUCCCAAGACCUGUUCUCUCUAACAGGUGCCUCCAUUAGUCCACUGGUUCUGAACAGCGAGCUUAAAGCUACGGCAGCUCCUUUCACUAUGCCCUCCACUACCAACAAUGCAACACUUGGUUCCUCCCCCAUGGCUCCUCACCCUCUUGAUCAAGUUGAUCUCCUGAUGGAUACCGAAAAUGCCAGCCUUGGCAACAGCAGCCAGGCUUUUUCUCCAUUUUCUCCAUCCUCUCCAGACAAUGAAGCAGGUGGUGACGUGGUUGACAGCAGGAUGUUUGACAACACCAGUUCCCUCCAAGAGUCUUGUGUGCAAAGCAUGCCUGAGGAAGACACCUCAGCUUUCACCCCUGCCUCCAUGUCAAGUCCUGGCUGUUCACCGAAAGGCGAGGUGUUGGCCUCAGCGCCGCCUCUUUCACCGUCAGAUGCUUCGUGGAUCCUGAACGACUCGGACGUUAGUGGCAACAGUGAUAUUUUCGACUUCAGUGACAUGAGCUCUUCAGGUCAUCCUGUGCGCUUAGGCUUGUCCUUUAACACCCCAAGCCCAGCACCUCUCCGCUCCCCCAAAACCACAGCACAGGAAUUCCAGCAGAAAGAGCACAAAGAUGACAAAUCGUCCCAGAAGCAAUCCAAGAAGUCUUGUUCUUCAUCUUCUACAUCCUCCGUAAAGAGUCCCACCUCCCCAGGAGCUAAGAAGUUCCCUCAGCAGUCAUCCCCUGUCACCAGCACUUCCUCCCCUCCACCGGUCAGCCCUCUGGGAGCUCCAGGAUCCGGUCUUAACCCUGCAGCCAAGCCCUUCUUUCCAAGCUUUGCUGACACCUUGGAAGAGCCACCUGCGGCCCCUCCACUUGCCCCCACCAUUGAAGUAAAGUCAGACAAGAUGGAGAUGGCAGAGAAGAAGGAGGAGAAUCAGGGGGAUCAUUUAAAGAAGAUGGACCAGUUCGACCCUCUGGACAAAGCCGAGCAGAGGAGUGUGAAGGUCGAAUAUGCAAUCAGUGAGACUCCAGCUAAGGUGGAGAAAGAAAUGGAGAAGGAAAAGCAGAAAGACCCAGAGAAAGAGAAGGAGGUAAAAAAGGAGGAAGAAAAGGUCAAGGUGACCGAGGCCGAGAAAGGGAAGGAGACAGACAAACAAGCAGAAAAAGACGAAGAGAUAAAGAAGGAGACAGAAAAGGGGAAAGAGACAGAGAAAGUGGAGCCAAUGCAGCACAAAGAGGAUAAAAUAAACAAGGUAGAAGAAUCACCAGAGAAAUUUGUGAAAACAGAAAAUGUGGACAAGACGGAGAAAGUAGAAAAAGUGGAGAUGGCCGACAAGGUAGAGAGCAAAGCUCAGAGAGCAGAUGAUGUGGAAAAGAUGGACAAGAAUGAAAAGAUUAUUGUGGAAGAAAAAUCUGACAACAAAAAUACAGAGAAGCUCGAGAAGCCAGUGAUGAAGGAUGGCACAGAGGAGAAAAUGGAGAAGACCCCAGAGCAACAGCCGACAUCCGUCAAGUUCGAUAGUAGCUAUGACAAAAUGGAGAAGGAGGCUGACGCCGGCACAAAGGCGACAGCCGAGGCGGAGGAAACUGAGAGAGACAAGGCCGACGCAGACAAAACCAAGAAGACAGAGAAAGAGGACGUGGUGGAGAAACCGUCUGAGGAGCCCGCGGAGAAACUGACGCAGAAAAGCAGCGAAAAGGAAGAGAAGCAGGACCAAAUGCAGGCUGACAAAAAGACUGUGGAGAAGAAGGACGACAAGAAGGACAAGGCAGCGAAAGCAGACGGAGGAGACAAGGCCAAAAAAGCAAAGCCUGUUGCUAAUGGAAGCAGUGCAACGCCCAGCAAAGACCUGGCCGGUGCAGACAAGAAAACCAAGCCCGUCGCCGGGGCGACCAAACCGAGCGCCGCCGCCGCCAAAAUGCGGCUGAGCUCCGCGGCUGCUAGCGGUGGUUCCGCCGCAGCUCCCACCAAGCGCCCCACAACCUCCUCCUCUGCCGCCUCCGCCUCAGAUAAAAAAGCAGCCGCGGCAAAGGCGCCAUCCACAACCAUUGCCGGCCCCAAGCGGCCCACCAAUGCUCCUGCCAGCCGCCCCUCGUCAGCAACCACGGCACGCGAUGUCAAACCCAAGACAACAACAGAGAGGCGUCCCCUCGUGCCAAAGGCGAGCACAGCCACCUCAAAUCAAACGGGCCCCACCGCUGCCACCAAAAAUGGAACUGCGACCACAGCAGCCAGUAAAAGCAGCACCUCAGUGCGCACAACAUUAUCUACUCGCACCACGACUACCACCACCACCGCAGCCAAGAAGCCUCUGGGUCUGGCUGCUAAGACAAACGGCAAACCAGGAGAAGAAAAGAAGCCCAGCACCCUGAAGACCUCUGCAGCUGACUCUACCAAACCCAAGACCACCACCACCCGCAGCACUGGUGCCGCCGCUACCACCACUGCCUCUCGCACCCGAACCACAGCCGCUAAGCCGGCCACACCGUCCUCCACCUCUGGCACUGUGUCAGAGAAGAAGCCCGCGGUGCCUCGCGCCCCCCGGGCUGCGACCUCAACCGCAGCUACCACCACAACCACCUCCUCGAGGACCGCAGCUCGCCCCGGCACAGCACCUGCCCCCGACGUCCGCAACGUCCGCUCUAAGAUCGGCUCUACGGACAACAUGAAGCACCAGCCUGGAGGAGGGAAGGUGCCAUCUGCCUCUCAGAACAGGGGUGUUGCCUCCAAAGAAACGAGCCAGGGCAAAGUUCAGCUAGUCUCCAAAAAGCUGGACUUCAGCCACGUCACCUCACGCUUGGGCUCCAAGGACAAUAUGAAGCAUGUGCCUGGUGGAGGGAAUGUGCAGAUACUCAACAAGAAGGUGGAUUUGAGUAAGGUGACGUCAAAGUGCGGAUCCAAGGACAACAUCAAGCACAAGCCUGGUGGCGGGGUCGUGAAGAUCGAGUCCCGCAAAGUGAACUUUAGGGAAAAGGCUCAGUCCAAAGUGGGCUCCAUGGACAAUGUGAGUCAUUCCCCUGGUGGUGGGAAUACCAAGGCUGAGGGGGCCCAGGAGACAACUGAGGGGAAUGGGACUCCCCUGAGUGGCACCCAGGCCGCAGCCCCGGGCUCCGAGCCGGGGCAGGCUGGGAGCCCCGCUGCCCAGGAGAAUGGGCUGAAGGAUGGGGCUCCCUGUGAUAGUGAGAGCCUCCGGGAGCCCCAAGCUCUGGACUCGAGCAUCCCAGAGACAAAUUGAGUCUUUCAAGCUCAACUUCCGCGAGAAUGCUCGCUCUCGCACGGACCAUGGCGCCGACAUCGUCACCUGGCCAGCCCCCCAGGACAACAACAGACCCAACCCCCACGGCUCCUUCCAUUCUCUACACCAAACCCACCACCCGUCUCGUCGCAGUGUCUCCCUCUUUGAAUCGUUGGCCGCUGCAUGCAGUGAUGACUCCCCCCUCCGCCCCCUCCUUGCUGCAGCUUCAGGUGGAGGUCUGGGGGGACAACAGCAGCCCCUUAACGGGAUCUUGACCUCAUAUCUGCCCCCAUGAAAACCCCUCACCUUAAACCUGUUGUUGACUUAUCUGAUAGUUCGCUCUAGUAUCAACUUCAUGCCUCUUCUCUCACAUCUGAGCUCAUCAUCAUGCGCCAUCACCGUCAUCGUUUCCACCCCAUCUUCCUGUAUUUGGCUGGAGUGACUGUGUAGACAAAGCUUGGGCCACGUUGGGAAUCUAUGUGAAGGGAAAAUAGGGGACGACAAAGGUUUCCUUGCAUAUGUGGUUACGUCUUGGAUCCUCUUUACUCACUUCCUGGUGGUGGACUCUCUCUGACCCCGCAUCACUUCUCCUCCCACCCGUCGGACAACAGCAGUUUAUUUGUUACCUGUGCAGCAUGGAAACCCUUUCAGACUCACCUACGGCUUUUAUCUCUCACACACAGUAGCUUUGCUUUUUCCUUGUGGCUGUAGGAGCUGUUUGUUCCCGGUAACUACUUCCUCUGCUUCAAUAAUAUUAUAGUAAUUACAUUGUUCAUCUUCACCAUCACUUCCUCUCGUCAUCACCACUUACCAUAAACAAGCUGAGAUAAACAAAAAAAAAAGCUAAACAACAAGUAGGCAGUAUGAACAUUUUAGGCUGUUUAACUCUUUAUUCUCUGUGUUUGUGAUGAUGUGUUUGAGUGACAAAAUCGUGUAAAACUGAGCUUUGGUGUUCUGUUCAGUUCUUAUUUCUGUCUUUCCUCUUAGUUUUUGGUUUCAAAACAAAGUUCUGAUUCAUUUACUGUAUGUUUCUUCCUGUAUAAGCAAUACGGUGGUCUUUCAUUUUCCUGGUAGUACUCAGAAUAUCUUGAAAACACGCACAGGAUUUUUCUCAACCUAAGACUCAAGUAAGGAUAGAGACGACACACUGAGUGAGGAAGAAAGUGAGGAUGGAGGUGUUUCUAGAAAAGGUGGAAAAAGACGCUUUGAGGUUUGUUUUACACUUUGAAAUAUGAACAUUUUUGAAAUACAAUAGAGGAAAUUUGGCAAAGUAGAGAAGCUGUUACUCAGCGUGCAGUCCAGAGGGGGACGAGGAAGUUGUUGUCAGAUUGGAAAUGUGUCUGAAGUCAGUGGAGAUGUGUCUUUUAUGUGCCUCCUGUCCUUCUUACCUGAAAAAAAAGUUAACGACUAAGAUGAUGAUGAGGCAGGCUCACGCCUGCUCAGAGAAGAGAAUAUCAUAGUUAAUAGAACGGUACAUAAAACACUAGGAACAACCUGAUAUCAGCCGUUUUAAGGAAAUUCUGUAAACCGAGUGCCCUGGUGUGUUUGUGUGUGUCAGGUGUUUCUAUGAGGGUAAAAGCAGCAUGUUGUCAGGCAGUUGACUCGCUUUAGCUGAAUACAUAACAUCUCUAAUAGAUUGUGUUGGAAGUGUUGGCAGUGGAACAUCGUCAGGCUUUAUCCUCUUCUCAUGUAGCAAUGUAUUUCCAACUGUUGCCUCCAAUUGCCUUUCUAAUGCAUGGCCAGAUUAAUAUGAUAUCACCCCCAGAGCGGAAGAGCCUGCGUGCACUUAUAACUCAAAGUCUGUUGUGCUUUGGUACCAUAUGUAUAACUCCGGGGGAAUCAUAGACAGUCGAUGUGCUGUUACCUAAACGAUGAGCAGUUUACGAUGGUUGCAGUUUCAUCUUUCAGAUUUUAUUCCAGGUGCAGAUUUGGGCUGUUUUAAUAAGAUUUCCUGAUUCUAUUCGUUCAAUUAUCUCAGAUACAUGAAUUACAUUCUGCUCGUUAUCCACUUGUCGGCUAAUACUGCGUCACGUCUUCGCUCAGUUUUACCUCUUUGUGCUAUGACAAGGGCUCGGUAUCAUUUGCAAUUCAAGAACCAUAAUUGAUUCCAGAACAAUACGCAUGUCAAUACAUUAGACCCACAUUUAUUGAUAUUUUGAUUGUCAGCACUACAAACUGCAAACACAACAAUAACAUAGUGUUACCAUGAAGUUGAAAUGGCAAGUAGAGUUGUUCUUUUGGCUCCAUUUUGGUCUCCUCCCAGUGUUCACAAGCUAGCAGCAACUUUUUCUUUCUCCUAUUUAGUUCUGGGCAGGUUAUUUAAGUUAAUAUUAGCCUGCUGACUUAAAAAAAUACCACAUACCACACCUAAGUAUUUGAUUAAUCUUAAUACAAUAAUAAUGAAAUAACGUUAUAAUGAUUUUGUUAUGUACUAUUUUAAUAUGUGGGGGGAAAAACUCCAGUUUCAUUAAAUAAAAAAGUUGGUUUGUAGAAUAUUGUCAAUUAUUUGUCGACAAUUGACAAUUUUCAAACCAAUCCAGAACCAUCUGAUCAAAGAAUUAGUGUAAGAGUUUUACAGAUUUGGCAGGAAGUCUGAUUUGAGCUUUCAUGGAUUGAAAACCUUGAUACUCGACAAUACACAUAUGUCAGUGAGUUUCUAAUGGUACCAACGUUUCAUACCCAGCGCUAGUUAUGAAACAGAUCUGGUAAAUGAAGAUAAAGUUACUUCCAGUUUUUGCUGUGUUUGCAGAUGUGUCGGUCCAUACAACAAAACCAUCAGUUAUUUUAUUUGACUCUACAAAAAUGUUAACAAGAUGUCACACAGAAUUCACAGUAAUGCUUGUAAGAAAGUUUGUCUUUCUGAGUUGUACGAUCAUAGCUACAUUGACUGUCCCCUAGAGAUGAUACCGAACUACCAAAAACACUGAGUUUAAUCCAAAUUGUCACUUUAAUAAGGAUUCGUGGAGAAGCUUUGACAUGACUAAAUUGCACCUUAACGCUUUAAUGCAUCAAAGAGCUCAUUGUGAUUGUGAUUUUAAACCAGUGAUCCCAAAUCGACAUAAUUCUGAACGAGCUGUUGCACGACAACCAAGCAAUAAACUGACUCACACUGCCCCGAACUUUCCAAUUCAGUCAUUCAAAUGAUCAGUCAUUAUUUCGUUCUACAUUGGAAUGCCUUAAAAAUUGAUUGAAUUAAUAAAGCUAACAAGCAAAGAUAUGUUUUUUUUCUUUUAAAACUGAAAUAGGCAAUACGUUGUAAUUAAUGUCUUCAGAGAGAGAGGGAAUGUUCGAGUGCUUUUCUGCCGGCGGAGGGUUGAGUGCUGCUCAAACACAGUUUGUGCCACGCCCGUCACCUAGCUACAGUUCUCCUUGUGCCUGUCCACAACCACGUUUCAGCUUUGCUUUUACCCCAGAGUUUUUACUUCCCGCUCCUUGUGAGAUUGCACAUGGAUGUAUAUAGAUAUUUUAUUGAUGAUGCACUCUUUAUGGCCCUUAAAAAACUAAAUCACCUUCGGGGGUGGGCAGCGGGGGGGUUGCAAGGCUGGUCAGAAUAGCUUCUGUGUCCAUCUACCUUUAAUGGUUUUAAGGGGGAGAACUCGUUUUAUCAUGACUAUUAUGACUAUUAUUCUCAUUAUUAGUAUGACAAAUUGAAAAGGUCUGCCUUUUUCAUUCGAAAGGGGCCACUGAAGUGAAAGAAUGUCUUUUGAGAUAUAUUGUACUAAAGACGCAACGCUUUUGUAUAUGUAUUUAUCGUUGUGUUUCCGUAGCCUCGUGAUGGUUGUGCACUCGUGGUUGAAGGGGUUAUUACUUUUUGAUUUGUGACAACUAAGCCAGUUUCACAAACAAAUACGUGGUGGACGUUCUCUCCAAGGAUGUGAAAUUUGAUCCUAAAUAUAACGACACAGAAAGUCUAAAAUCUCGUAGAGAGAAACAGAUCUUAUUUCAAAGGUGCUGCAAGAGCAGCUUGAUUUAGAAAUGUCAAACUGGCGACAUAGAAUUUAGUCAAUUCAAGAAAAAUUUAACAGUAUUUGUUGUGCACAUUUGUAAAUGAGCACUAAGAAAAUGUCCACAAACCCAGUCUUAAGAGAUGAAAAUAAUGUUCCGAUGAGCUUGUUAAACUUUGCUUUAAAGAUACAGUGACCUCUGUAGGUUUGUUUGAUUAGAGAACUGAGAUGAAUGCGUCUGAAGCAAACGCACCAGAAUCACAUGAUGGUGUGUAUCACAGUGUGCACAGGAAUUUCUUGUUCAGGAUCGCACUGACUUUUAGAAAAAGGUCUUUGCAUGAGCCUGUAAUUUGGGAGUAGUGCAUAUCAACACACAUCGGCUGCUACACUAUUGCACUCGAGCAGCCACCUGCCCUGGAGAGUCACACACACCGAGACCCUAACACAUCUUCGUUUGAGAUUAUGAAGACUAAUUAAUAUAGCUGCCAGGUUUGGCUUGUGUAAUUAAUGCUCCUCAGUAUCUGUCCGCGGAGCAAUGUAGAGCUUUGUGUACUGCUACAUGUACUCAUACCUGACAUGCAAGUGUAACACUAGCCGAUUAACAUCCACUGUACUUGCAGAGCAUGACGAAAAAACAAUGGGAUGUGUUAGGUAGACUUAGUAUGACAUUUGCUGAACCUCCUCAUUAUUAUUUUUUUUGUCUUUUUUUUUUUCAUUUAUUUGAAUUUUAUUUUUUGGUUUGGAAAAAAAAAGUGUUUAUUGUGAUUCCUUGUUAAUUAGUGAUGUGAUUAUUAAACAUAAAAUAAAAUGAACUAAAACUCUCA